GCUGACAACAAGCGUCAUUUUAAAUACAUAUGUUACUGAAAUCAAUGCUCCGGCGCUAAACACUGACAUAAAGCUGACCAACCCAUUUCGUGAAGCUAAUGCUAAGAUGUCAACUUCAUCUGUGUCAAAGGGCUGUUUCGUUUUCAAGCCAAGUGCUAAGAAGAAAAAGACGCUCAGUUUGGAGGAAUGUUUCACUGACGGUUGUGAAGGUGCUGACAACAGUGAAGUACGAUUCAAACUCUGUCAGGAUCUGUGGGACAAAAUCAAAACAGACACAGAGGUUUUACAGGAUGAACUCAACAGGAAAAUCCUGGACAGCUUGCUGGACUUCACCAGAAAGUGCUCUUCCACUCGUCAACACAGCGACUGGGCAUCACAGAUGAGAGCUAGUGAGAUUCCCACGGCAGCUCUAGUCCUCGGUGUGAAUGUCCCGGAUCAUGACAUGACCUUCCAGAGUCUGUCUGAGUUGCUCCAGCAGUCAGUCACUCCUCAUGUUGCCUCUGUACAGGCUAAAGAGUGUGGAGCGUUGAAGCAUUUGAUGAAGAGGGUGCUGGAGAGGUUAAUGGGUACUGUUGUGGCUGUGGAUGAUGAGGAGGAGGCAGAGGAGGCAGCUGAGCAGACCAGUGCUCAGCUCCACAAGAGCGUACACUGCUCCCUCAGUACACUGUGUGACUGGUACAAUACAAAAACAAGGAAAUCCAGCACUGGCACUCCCGGGAAAAAGCGUAGUUCUCCAGCCAAAGAUGAACAGCAGCAGCCUCCUGUUGUAGUUAUUUUCAAAGACUUGGAGGCUUUCAAUCCAAGAGUUCUUCAAGACUUCAUACUCAUCUGCAGUCGAUACAUUGAACGUCUUCCGCUGAUGUUCAUCUUUGGUAUCGCCACGUCCCCCAGCACCAUCCAGCGCAUGCUGCCUCACUCCGUGUCCUCCUUGCUGUGUAUAGAGCUCUUCCAGUCACUGUCCUGCACCCAGCACCUGGCCACAGUCGUAGACAAGUUGAUCCUGACACCUCGGUUCCCUUUUAAGCUCAAUGGUAAAGUGAUGCAGGUGCUGAUCAGCAUCUUCCUCUACCACGAUUUCUCAGUGAGAAACUUCAUCAAGGGCGUUCAGCUGGCUCUGCUGGAGCACUUCCACUCCCAGCCUCUUAGUGUUUUGUGCUGUAACAAGAAGGAAGCUCUGCUUAACGUGAUGAAGCUCAAUCACCACGAUUUGGAGAGGAUCAGGCAGCUGAUGUCUUUCAAGAAGUAUGUAGAGAAGCAGGAACAGCAGGAACAGGUCAAUCUGUUGAAGGAUGACAGUCAUUUAAAGGAGGUGUGCCAGAGGCUGAUAAAGGACCUUCGCAAGUACCACAAGAACUAUUACCCCAUCCUGAGGUGUCUCCACACUCUGACCUCUUCAUUACCUCGGUACCCCCUCGGAAAACAGAUCAGGGAGCUUCAUCUAAUAUGCCUUGAGAAGAACGUGUGGGAAAAUGAGGAUUACCAGUCAGCCAUGAAGCUUCUGAAGAUGCUGGCGAAAGACGAGCUGAUCACUUUGCUCCAGAGGUGUGCAGAGAUUCUGCAGCCUGUCAAGACAAAGAAGAUGAAUAAGGCUCUUGUCCAGCUGGAGGAGCUGCUCGCCAAAUUUCAGCAGUUGGACACAGCACCUGUUGAAACUGCCCCCAUUGUGGAAGAGAGUUUCACUUCUCCAGUAAAAAAUCUUCAGAAGAAAACAGAUCUCUUCCAGCUACAGAAGACGCUGCUGGAGAUGAACGAGUCUCGGAGAUCCAAGAAGCUGAGUCCGUUUGAGGUUCUACGAAAUGAAGCCCUCGAGUUCAUCGACGACUUAGUGAAGAGUCACCUGUCUCCUCCAGAGUCUCAGACACUGAAUGAAGUCUGCUACUACAGCUCGUCUGCCACUGUGAGACGCCACCUCAACGCAACUCCCCGUACCUCCAUUCAAGCUGCUCUCAGCAGCCCCUACUAUUACAUUCAGAAUGACAACCUCAAGACUGAGGAUGGGUCGGUCUCUAAUACUGCUCCUGAUAUCUGCAUUGCUUACAAACUUCAUCUGGAGUGCGGCAGGUUGAUCAACCUCUAUGACUGGCUAGAGGCUUACGCCACCGUGGUUUCUGCAGCUGAGGGUAAGGAUCCAGAUUCUGACAAUUUCGGCAAAGUGGAUGAAGUCAAGCAUGCUCGUUUCAUCCAAGCUGUGUCCGAGCUCGAAUUUCUGGGCUUCAUCAAAUCCACCAAGCAGAAGACCGACCACGUGGCUCGACUCACCUGGGGAGGCUGCUGACCAACGCACUCGAAGGAAAAGACCUGCACGUCUGUGGAUAGUCUCAUUUCAUUGUAGCGCUUACCAGGUGUGACUUGAAUUUAUAUUUCUUACUGCAUUUCCCUCUAAUAAAAGAU